UGCGAACCGCUUGUUUUGUCGGGCCAUUUCGGCUUGCAAAGUGCUCCCUCACUUAUGAUGCGCACCAAGAGUGGGUGCGCAUUAAAUGCCGCCAAUCCAAGAGAUCUGCGCCCUGUGAAACACAGUUGGGGUAGGUCUACGCGGCCAGGAGGAUUGUCCCAGUCGCUGGUUGCAGGAUCCUGAAGGAUGCGACACUAUGUUGGUGGCAAGUGGGGCUUCUCCCUCAUUUUCGGCAUAUAUGGCUCCGUGUUCCCGUAUGCUUUCAUCAUGGCUGUGGUGAACGCAGCUCUGACAUUUGGAGUUUCUGUUAGCAUGGAGCUCAGUGACGGUUUCAAUGCGGACCCGCAGACUACAGAAACCGUUGCGACGCUCAUGGCAAUCUUUAGCGCUGUGAUGAUGUUCAUUUUGACAUUUCGCAGUGACAUUGCCUACGAGAGAUGGUGGGAGGGUGGCACCUUACUACAGAAGACCCGUGGAGAGUGGUUCAAUGCCUACAGCAGUUUGGUGGCCUUCAGUUCUGCUAGACCAGAGCUGCAAAGACAGGUGAUGGAGUUCCAUCAUCUAUUGGCUCGCCUGAUGUCUUUGCUGUUCUGCUGUGCGCUUCAGCAAGUUUCUCCUAGCAAAGAACGGCCGUUCGAAAUCCUGGACACGCAGGGUAUUGAACUAGAAAGCCUGCUGUAUUUGGAGAGCACCAGAGACAAGGUGGAGAUCAUAUUGCAAUGGAUCCAGAGAUCCAUCGUCCUUCGCAUGAAUGACGGCGUGCUUCCUGUUGCUCCUCCAGUCUUGUCUCGAGCUUUCCAGGAAUUGUCUCGUGGCAUUGUGAAUCUGCAGAAUGCGAGAAAGAUCGCAGACUUCCCCUUCCCCUACCCCUACGCGCAGGUAAGCAUUUUGAUGCUACUGCUUCAUUGGGGCCUCAUGCCAUUUUGGUGCAGCAUGUUAUUGUCCAAAACGAUGGCUGCGGCAACCUCCUUCGUAGUGAUUUUCUUCCUGUGGUGCUUGAACUUCAUAGCGCUGCAGCUAGAGGCUCCGUUUGGAGAUGAGCCGAACGAUCUGCCAAUGGAUCAAAUGAUCCUGGAUUGGAAUAACAGCUUAUGCACUUUAUUGUCUCCAAGAUCACAGCGCCCACCAGCGUUUGAAUUCGAUCCCGCCGUUCAUGGCAGGUGGAUCACCUCCUUGUCCUCUGACAUUCCUACGUUGUUGGGCUUGGAGGAGGAGGAAGAGGAGUUGGAAGAGGAGGACUGUGAGGAGGAACUGGCAAAUGCCAAAGUAAAGGCUGUGGCGUCAGAUCACUGCGCAGCACCCAGGAAGAUUCAGAUUCCUUCAGCCAAUCUCCAUCCGCAAAGGCAAACGGUUCGUCUUCAGGCGCAGGAUGGACGCAAAGACGAAAGGAUAUCACGACGCGACCGUGCACCAUCCUCGAGCCCGCCAAGCGACUCGAGCUUGAAUGGAGAGGAGAAGAGAAAAGGAUCAAGAAAGCCACAGCUGACGAUGAUGAAAAGCCUAUCGAGUACGAGCAUCAUCAACUCGCAAGUAAAUGACACAACUGUUGACAACGAAGAACGACGUGGUCGCGAAUUGCCUGAAGGCCCACCUGUGACCUUGGAAGCACAGCCUGAGCGCUCGACAAGGAACAGGCUUUAGCCGGGGUUUUCCAGCUGAUCUGGCUCACUCCACAUAUAGAGUGUAUAGAAAGUUGAACACUCAACUGGUUAACCACAUUUUAUCAUUUCCAAAUGAAGUUUCACUGUGCAAUGUGGAAGGAGUGCCGAACAGGGAUCCUCAUUAAAAAGGGG